GCCGUGCUCUGCUAUCAACGUGUCCCGACGCAAUUAUCGAUUCUCGCGAGCAUUUACGUGCCAUGCUGAUUCGCUCAAGCGCUACCCUCGAAACGGUCUGUUUCGCGAAGAUCAAGAUUUAUGCCUCGCCUCGAGCAAGCUGCCCUUCUAAUAACUCUUGCCUUAUCGUUCGACUCGACAAGCGAAUCUCAACCCACUUCAGACUUUAAAAAUCAUAACCCCUGCGUAACUUUCUUUUUAUUCGCAAGCAAACUCAACUCCAAUCUUUCGGCCUAGAUUCAUCGUUAAAAAAAUUAGUCAGCGUAAAGGCAAACAAUGCCCAUCCGCAAAUUGAAGGCUCGACAGAUUUUGGACGCGUGUGGGCGGCCGACAGUGGAGGUAGAUUUGAUAACGGACAUCGGUUUGCUGAGAAGCAGCGUGCCGAGUGCGCUUGUCUUCGUUGAGAACGAGGCCAAAGAGAUUCGUGACGGCGACCAGGCGGUUUACGCUGGACAUGCCGUUACCAAAGUCGUGGACUCGAUCAACAAUACGAUCGCCCCGGAACUGCUCAAGUCGAAGCUCGAGGUGAACCAACAGCGCGAAAUCGAUCUGCUGCUGCAGAGCCUCGACGGCACACCCGACAAGUCGAAACUCGGCAGGAAUGCUAUGCUCGGCGUGUCUGUCGCUUGCUGUAAAGCUGCCGCUGCCAAGCGUGGCUUACCACUCUACAGGUACAUUGCGGUGUUGAGCGAAAACCAGGAUAUCUGCUUGCCGGUGCCGCAGUUCAGCCUUAUAAGUGGCGGUCACUCUGCUGGGAAUACCCUCGUUUACCGAGAAUUCUUGAUAAUGCCCACUGGCGCUAACAGCUUCGCCGAAGCAUUGCGCGUGGGUUCGGAGAUCUACCGCGUGCUCGAGUUGAAACUCGCGGAAAUGCAAGAGUUGCAGCCUCCGCUCGGGGUAGGCGACAGGGGUAGCUUCGUGCCACAGUUGGAGGACGACAAAGAGGCACUGGCGACGCUAGACGAGGCGAUCAAGGAGGCCGGCUACGAAGGCAAAGUCAAGAUCGGCUUGGAUGUCGCUGCUACGACGUUCUGCCAGGACGGCAAAUACGACCUCGAGUACAAAACCGGUGAAUCCGACCCGGAGAAUCAUCUCGAGCCUGAUGCGUUUCGCGAGCAGUACGCCGAACUGCUGACCGAAUUCCCGAGCAUCGUGUCCCUCGAAGAUCCAUUCGAUCGGGAAGACUGGGACAGUUGGACAGCUCUGACCACGGCGCAGCCUGCAGUGCAAAUAGUCGCGGAUGAGCUGACGGUGACGAGUGCCGAGAGAUUGGAAGAGGCCAUUGAGAAACAAGCUGCCAAUUGCUUGGUCGUCAGACCCGGGCAGGCUGGCACGAUAAGCGAGGCGCUCGACUGCGUUAAAAUGGCCAGGGACGCCGGUUGGGGCUGUCUGAUCAGCGCCGGUCAGUGCGAAACGGAAGAGACCUUCGUCGCGGAUUUUGCGGUCGGCGUCUCGGCCGGCCAGAUAAAAGCCGGCGCGCCGUGUCGGGGCGAGCGAGUCGCCAAGUACAACCAAGUGCUGAGGAUCGAGGAGGAGCUCGGCCAAAGCGCCAAAUAUGCCGGCGAAAGGUUUCGUCAACCGCUGGCCGGCUGAACGAAGGGCCACAC